AUGGAUCGGCUACGAGUAGAUGUACAAUUCAAGCCGAGGGUUGUCACCAAGGAUACCGUAACCCCGUCGGAGGGAGAUACCGUAACCCUGGAGUGCCAAGUCGAGGCCAACCCUCAAAGGAUAUAUACGGCUGGCGAGACGGGAACUGGACUCGAAUGUGAAGCACAGGGAUACCCCGCCCCCGAAGUGCUGUGGUUCCGCAACGGUCAACCAAUCGACAAAUCCCGAUUCACCCUGGCGAAUACCGUAUCCCGGUCGUCGUGCCCACCCGGGGAUUACUGUACCCGAUCUACCGUAUCUACUCUCUCCUUCCGAGCCGCUGUGGAGUGGUCCGAUAAGGGCAAUUAUACCUGCGUUGCGGCUAAUGGAGCCGGUGAAGCCGCUUCGACGUGGACAAUUCUUCGCGUAGUCCAUAGCCCGCAGAUCCUGAACGAUAUCUACAAUGGAGAAGCCCUGGCUGCGACUGAUCUCGGGAAUACGGCCCGAAUUUCGUGUCGUGUCUCUGCACGUCCGGAACCGAAAUUCGCCUGGUUGAAGGAAUCGACGGAAAUCGAGGAGGGACCGAGAUUCUCUGUAGCUACAGCACAGAUUCCUGGUCAACCUGAUGAAUACGAAUCGAUCCUCUCCUUCCCGGAAACCACAAAAGGCGACUAUGGACAGUACUUGUGCCGAGCCACCAAUGGCAAGGGCGCAAAGGCCGAGGCGAUCAUUCGACUGAAGGAACGAAGCGCUCCCCAAGCCCCGCUCCAGCUGAAGAAAAUGACCACCUCCCCGUCCUCCCUAUUUUUGGCGUGGAAACAGGGCUUUGAUGGCGGUUAUGCGCAGACGUUUAUUCUGGAGUACAGACGGUUGAACCCAUUUACGGAGACGCUUUCCGAGGAAGAGGUGACUACGGUAGAAGUCAAAGAAUUGCAGAGGAUAGAUGCUCCAAUUUCGGAUUCAACUCGAUCGAAGCGUUCUCCCGGAUUCCAAAGUCUCGUCGCCUACAAUCUGACCAAUCUACUCCCGAAAUCCACCUACUAUCUGAAGAUUCGUGCCAAGAAUCAGCAGGGAAUGUCCGAAUUUUCCCCAAUUCUCUCUGCAACGACUGAUGAUGUGUACGAGGAUCGGACCGUUGAGGCGCCCGCCGCGAUUUCCUACAAUGCCCGCACGAUGGGGCUCGUUUUGGAGCCAAAACCCUCCUCGGACGUGUGCGUGCAACUGUACGUCUCGUUCGGUGACAUGUCCCGAGGAGUGGAAUGUUGGCCAUCGGAUCGAGAGAUUUCUGAAUUGCCGGGUGGUGGACAGUUUGCAGUACGGUAUUGCUCGCGGAACAAUCGGAUACAGUGUUCGCCGAUCAGUCACGCCGUCUCCUCGCCAAGCCCUCUAAGCUCAAGAUGGCGCUACUUGGUGCCUCUGCUCGUUGGACUGAUCGUGAUCGCGUUCCUCUCAAUCCUCUGCGCAAUUUGUUGCCGAUCGAGGCGAGGAGUCGACGAUAAGGCGAAAAAGGCCAAGAAAAUGGAUAUUCGCCCUGAAGUCUCCGGGCCAAUGCCGCCAAUGGAAGCGAAGAAUGGGAUGACACACGGAUCAGCCACUGAUUCUGGUGUAUUUACACUCGAAAAUGGGCAGAAGGGCAUUGGAGGAGGAGCCGGAUCGGUUAAUGGACACACAUUCAGCGCGAACGAAACACUACCCGAGCGAGAUUCGUGGCCGCCGCAUUCUGGGCCAGUUCCCUCCCAAUUCGACCCAUUCCACAACGAUCCGUAUUUGAAUGAAUAUGAUGGGACGGCGUGGAGGACUAGUGUGCACGACGGCAGCGGCACCGGUUCGGGACCCGAGAACCAGACAGCGACGACACAUUCCGAUGGAGGAGACUCGGAUUCGGAGGCAUUUUCCGGACAGGGCAGAUCCUCCUCGAAAAUGGCCUCCACGUCAACACCCGGUGAUUUGAGGAUCAAGACUGGAGAUGGCACCUUCAUCGCCUCAAGCCAACGAGCCGACGGAAGCUGGCGAAAGCCGAGAAAAGUGAAGGAGGGAUAUAUUCCACAGGAUGAACAACCUAAAUACCAGGCAAAGGGAACGGAACCGGCCGUCAGGGGACGCGCGCCAGUUGGGAUCACCCCGAUGGCAUUGGCAGCACGAGGGGCUGGAGCCUCGCGUCCACAGAAACCGAUCACGGCCAUUGAGAAGGAAAAGGCAUGCAUCACCCCACAGGAUCAUGUCAAGAGGAAAAUGGGGAAUGUGCAGAAGAAACUGGAUGAGAUUACGCAAUUGGAGGAACGUGUCGCCAAGGGUGAGGCAGAAAAGUUGGAGAAGAAUCAGCUGACCAAAAUUGAGCGAAAAGCGCAUUAUAACGACGAAAUGGCAAAGUUGGAAGAGCAGUUGAAGGCCCUAGAUGUCAAGAAA